AUGAAGCACCUCGCCGCUUACCUGCUCCUCGGCCUUGGUGGCAACACCUCCCCCUCCGCUGCCGAUGUCAAGGAGGUCCUCGAGUCUGUCGGUAUCGAGGCCGACAGCGAGCGCCUCGACAAGCUCAUCUCUGAGCUCGAGGGCAAGGACAUCAACGAGCUGAUCGCUGAGGGUUCCAGCAAGCUCGCCUCCGUCCCCAGCGGUGGUGCUGGUGCCGCUGCCGGCGGUGCUGCUGCCAGCGGUGGUGCCGCCGCCGCCGAGACCAAGGAGGAGGAGAAGGAGGAGGAGAAGGAGGAGUCCGACGAGGACAUGGGUUUCGGUCUCUUCGACUAA